AUGAGAAGAGUCGCAUUAAGGGCUUCAAAGCCUUCGCCGCAAGGCUCGGUCUGCCAGUUCUGCCAAGCCUCGACUGCGUCGCGACUUCUGUCCAGUGCCCGAUUAUCCACACACGUUAACCGCCCGACCACCGACCGUCUAGCCCUGCAAUCACCUCGAAGAAGCCCGCGCGUUCCAUAUUACCAAUCACUCAUUGCUUCGCGCUACUAUGCAUCCGAUUCCCUCAAUGUUGCAGCAGCCAUUCGGCAAAUCGAACAAAAGGCCUCUGUCAUACAUAAGUCGGACCGAACGCCAUCUAACGAAGACUUAGUUGGGGUCCUCGAAGAAUGCCAAAAGCUGGUCGAAUCCCUGGUUAUGCUAGACCGCGACCAAAGCCCCGAAUCUGCGAAAAGCGACGGAAACGAAGUAUCCUCCUUGUUGGGCAUGGCCGAAAAGAAAGACACCAAAGCUGCCAAGGGCGCGCAAACGGCCUUCCCGACGCUCGACCCGCAAGUCGCGGACUCAAUUUCGAAAAUCGCAACCGAGCUCUUGAAGGAUGAAAAGGUGUUUAUCUCCCCAGAAGCAUUGGAAGUUUACACCAAGACCCAAACGCUUUUGCGUCGAGCGGAGCACUUCCCCGAAAUUUUCCAUCUAUACGCGAAUAAACCCGUGCCUGAAGAAAACAGCUCCCCCAUCAAGUAUCACAAAGCCAAUCCCAAGAACGUCAACAGUGCAGUCCCGGCGGAGCUGGCCAACAUGGCCCUCGAUGUGGCGAUUGCUCAAAAGAACCUGCCGCUUGUGUUGGCGAUCAUCGACAACACCUUCUGCGCGCCUGCGUUCCACCGCGCCAAGAUCUUCCGCAAGGCCGGUAUCCCCUUGGCUGGUCUGGCUGGUGCGCCCCUUGCCUGCUAUGUGCUGGCCUCCUGGGCAGCUACUUUCCAGAAUACCAUGGAUCCUAGCACAGCCACUGGAAUUGCGUUCGCCGCAUCUCUAGCUUAUGUUGGUGGCACCGCUUCCCUGGGUAUUGUCGCUAUUACUACGGCGAAUGAUCAGAUGGAGCGGGUUGUCUGGCUUCCUGGUAUUCCUCUGCGCCAUCGCUGGCUACGAGAGGAGGAGCGUGCUGCGAUGGACAGGGUAGCUGUUGCUUGGGGAUUCAAGGAUCCAUACAUGCGUGGCGAGGAGACUGGCGAAGAAUGGGAAAGUCUUCGCGAGUUUAUCGGCAUGCGCGGUAUGAUUUUGGACAAGACCGAGUUGAUGCCGGGCAUGGAGUAA